AUCUCUUAUGGUCACUAUUUCACCACAACACCACUUUAUCUUUCUACAAUUUUUAAUUAUCUUUUCACAAUCUCACUUUUUUAUUUUUUUUUAUCUUUAAUAAAUAUAUACACUCUUUCUUCCCUUCAAAGUUGUUUUCAUAACUCAAAAAAGAGGAGAAUGAGUUACACCAAACUCCCAAAAGUACUCAUCAUUCUCUUCACCUUAAUUCUUGCAGCUAAAGUUAUACAAGGAAUUGAAACAAAAGGGUGGAUAUCUCAAUCUUCACAACAUCAAAGAGAGUCAAAUUUAAAGGGUAGCAAGAAUGAAGCAUGGAAGACAAGAAAUUCUAGGAGAUUGAUGAUUGGAUCCACAGCACCAACUUGUACUUACAAUGAAUGUAGAGGAUGCAGAUAUAAAUGCAGAGCUGAGCAAGUUCCUGUUGAAGGAAAUGACCCAAUUAAUAGCCCUUAUCACUACAGAUGUGUUUGUCAUAGGUGAUAUAUAUAGUAUGAUAAUUGUUAUUAAUAGGUUAUAUUAUAUAGUUUUAAUGUUAAUUUUGUGGUCUAGUAGAGGUUUGAGUUUAUUUACAAUUUAUAAUCCUCCUUCCAAUUCUAGAAGUUGUUAGUUCUUGUGCUGAAAAAGGUUCAACAAUUUUGAUUUGCUAUGUUUCAUUCAAUUAUAAUAAUGAGAA